UAGUCUAAAAAAGACAGUCGAACUCGGAUCGGAACCAAUUACCAAACCAAUCGGUACAGAAUUUAAUUAGAAUUUUUAAAAGUGGUAUUCCAGCGUUUCUCAUUAAUCCCGGAAAAUUUAGUAAAAAAAUUAUUUAAAUCUGUGCUUCGUUUAUCAGAUUAAAGUGCCUGAAUUAAUCCCAGUGUAAAUAGAAAAACCCGAGUGCAGUCAAAAAAUAAUCCUUAAAAAAAAGGAUGCACUUUGCGUAUUGUGUACGUGGAACAAUAUAAACGGAAAAAGAAGUGAUUUCUAUUUGUAAUUAUUGCCUACAUAUAAAAUCUACUAUGGAAGAAAUUGGAUAGCAUACAUACAUCCCAAACCUGAUUGGCAACAUGUACUCUCCUAAGGUGGACACCACAAUUGAUCUAGACGCUGAACCCCCGCCUCCGCAGAGCAAACUAGAACAAUGGAUGAGUAGCAAUGACAACAAGGCGCUACAGUUAGAACAGUUUAUUUCACAUAGAAAAAUUAUAAGGCGAUGGAACCAGCUGUCCCGUCUGCAGAGGUCACUAGUCUACGGCUUGGUGGUUGUCGUCGCCACGAUAUUCGUGCUGCUCUACACCUCGAGGAUGGCCGUCUCCGCCGAUAAAAUUAGGAAAAAAGUGGAACAGGAUUCACGGAAUAAUUCGUCUCUAGUCAUUGAGCCGGCGGUGGAUGCGGCUCAAGUAAAGAAAACAGUAAUCGAAAGUGAGAUUAUUGAAAGGCCUAUAUUUACAGGUCCGAGCAACGCGCGUCAGUUUGCUGUGGUGGAAUCCUUCAAGCAUGCGUGGAGAGGAUACAAAGCCCACGCGUGGGGUCACGACAACCUCAAGCCGGUGUCUGGCGCGCCCCACGACUGGUUCUCGCUGGGCCUCACCAUCGUCGAUGGGUUGGACACCGCCUAUAUCAUGGGACUCAUGGAAGAAUUUGAAGAAGGCAGACAGUGGAUCAAAACGGAACUGGUAUUCACAAAGAACAAAGACGUCAACUUCUUUGAGGUCACCAUCCGUGUUCUGGGAGCGCUAUUAACAAACUAUCACUUCACCCAAGACCCCAUGUUCCUAGAGAAAGCUAAAGAUUUAGGCGAGCGUCUGAUGGCGGCCUUUUCAUCUCCUUCCGGUAUACCCUACUCGGACGUGAACUUGGGCACCCGCACCGCGCACGCCCCCGAGUGGUCUCACUUCAGUACCACGGCAGAGGUCACCACUGUGCAGCUGGAGUUCCGAGAACUCUCCCGAGCCACCAACAACCCUGCCUUCGAGGACGCAGCGGCGGCGGUAUCCGAGAAAAUACACCAGCUGCCAAAGAAGCAUGGUCUAGUGCCGAUCUUCAUAAACCCCAACACCGGCCACUUCCUGCCCCAUGCCACCAUCACGCUGGGCGCGCGAGGGGACAGCUACUACGAGUAUCUGCUCAAGCAGUGGCUGCAGACCGGAAAGACCAUCAACUAUUUAUUGGACGACUACAUGACGGCGAUAGAAGGCGUGAGGGAGUAUUUGGCGAAGCGCUCGUCGCCCAACAAGCGGCUGUUCAUCGGCGAACUGGCUUCCGGCUCCGAGGCAUUCAAUCCAAAAAUGGAUCACUUAACGUGUUUCCUGCCCGGGACCCUGGCGCUCGGCCACGCCAACGGUCUGCCCGACUGGCACAUGACCCUGGCUGAGCAACUGCUGUACACCUGCUACCUCACAUACGCUGCGCAUCCCACGUUCCUCGCGCCCGAGAUUACGCAUUUUAACAUGGCCAGCCCGACAGACGACAUGUACACCAAGACAGCGGACGCGCACAGCCUGCUACGGCCCGAGUUUGUCGAGAGCCUGUGGUACAUGUACCAGCUCACUGGCAACUCCACCUACCAGGAGUGGGGCUGGCAGAUAUACCAGGGCCUGGAAAAGUAUGCUCGCGUGGAGAACGGCUACACGUCGCUCAACAACGUGAAGUCUGAAAAGCCAAUACCGCGCGAUAUGAUGGAGUCGUUCUUCCUCUCCGAGACCCUCAAGUACCUGUACCUGCUGUUCGCGGACGACCGGUUCAUCAUUGACCUCAGCAAGUACGUCAUCAACUCCGAGGCGCACCCUUUACCCAUACACAAGAACUAAUACAACACUCGUCAAGCGCAACCACAGAAAGGUCUACUAUAAGGUUUUUUUAUAUCUACGUCAGGUGCCGUCCACCUAGAACGAUAGGUACACGCUUAACCACAAUCACUCCUGAUAGUAAGUGAUUAUGUGGCCUUAGAUGGGACGCGUUUACCAAGAUUCACUCACCUUUUCACUCUUAUUUUAAAGAUAUUCAUACUGUAAUUGCGGAAGAGUAUGUAUGGGAGCGGUGUCUGUGUGCUCGACCAUAGCAGUAGAGAAAUUUUCCCUACUGCUUUAGGGAUUUUUCCUCGGGAAGUUUUACCUUCAAACUUCUGUAUAUAGUGCAAAAUUAUACAGUCAACCAUAAAUAUGUUUAGUAUAAAAGUCACGGUAGUAAUAACACAUAUAAGUAAAUAAUUAUUGUAUCUAUUUCAUAAUGAAUAAUCUUUCAAAUUAACAAAAAGUCUGAACUCUUGAUAUAAUUUUAUAAAUGCUUAACAUUACCAAAAAAUUAUAUAUAAAAUUGUAUAUAUAGGUACUUAUCUAGUUACCUAACUAUUAAAGCGUUUUCACACUUUUUGAUCAUCGAUGUAUAUGGAUGGGCCCUUCGAAAAUAUAAAACGCGCUCAAAAAGUCAAGAGAAUUUGCAAAAGUCUCUUGACUUUGUCAAUGACGAUGACGUAAGAUUCAAGCGUAUUUUUGCGGACGGAAUUGUAUGGGAAAGGCAUAUACAUCGAUGUUUUUGAUAUAGUUAUAAUAAACAUUUAUAUCGAUAAUGUGGCAACGCUCUUAACCUAUUUCUAUAUAUUUUUAUUAUGGAGGCCACACACAUGCCGACAAAGAUAUUUCAAGAAUGUAUGGGCCUUUGGUUAGAUAUUGUUUAGUUCACUCAGAAAUAGCCAAAAUACCUCAAAAUAGUGUUUAACAUAAACGUAUUGCAACACAGAACAAAAAUUCAUCAUGGCCGUAAGACACGUAGAGAAACGUAAGCUGUCAUUUAUUAUUUUCAUUAUUCAUUUUUUUGGAUUAAAGACGUUUGAUUUUAAAAGUGGUUACAAU